AUGGCAGUCUUCAAGCUCUCUUGGUCCCUUUUGAAAGAAAUAAACAAGGUAAUGAGGAAUUUUUGGUGGGGCCAGAUUGAGAAUGAAAGGAAGAUCCAUUGGAUCUCUUGGAAUUCCAUGGGAAAGUCUAAAGAUGCAGGUGGGCUAGUCUUUAAGGAUUUACAUAGCUUUAAGCUUGCAACGUUGGCUAAACAAGGAUGGAAACUGUUGCAUCACCCUCAAGCUCUAGCAUCUCAUGUACUAAAAACAAAAUACUUCCUUCAUGGUGAUUUCUUUCAGGCCAAAUCGAGAAGUAAGCCUUCUUUUAUUUGGAGAAGUAUUUUGGCUGCAAGAGAGCUAUUGAAUAAUGGCACCAGAUGGAGGGUAGGGAAUGGUGAAUGUAUUAAAACUUGGAAGGAUAAGUGGAUUCCAAGGUUGUCUUCUUAUAAAGUUAAGAGUCCAAUGAGUAGUUUGGGUCCUGAGGCUACUGCCAGUAUCUUAAUUGAUUCAACCACAAAACAGUGGAAGACUAGUAUGGUGGAGGAAAUGAUCUCACUCAAAGAGGCAAGGUUGAUCAAGCAGAUUCCCAUUAGAUACAAUAACAGAUCAAAUAAGUUAAUUUGGAUAGGAUCAGCUCAAGGGUCCUUUUAUGUGAGAAGUGCCUUUCAGUUGCAUAAGGAGAUAAUGGAUGCUAAGAGAGGGGACCUCAUGGUGGAAUUGGAUGCAGCAGGAGGUAAGGAACUCGUGGAGGAAUUUACAGUGGUUGCAAAGGGAGUUUGGAUGUGA